AUGGUGUACCCUCUUCCACCGUCAAACCCGAGAGCGAUAAGGCUUUCCAGAACGUUAUCGGCAAGCCCGACUCCAGCUCCACACCGGAUCACCUCCCACAUCCUAAAGAGCUCCACUCAAGUCCGAAACCUAUGGGGAUGUUCUCGCCAACGAUUCGGAAACCUUGAUGCCUACGCACAGAUACGGAUAGCCCGAUAUCAACGCCUUUCUCAAUCGAGAACAGGUGGUACACCGGCCAUUCAUCCACGAAAACCCCAAGUACUAUGGGGCCAUCAACACCACUACCGUCACCCGUGGUGGAAUACAAGAUGGGGCUGGACUAGAUCCAAACCCCACGCCCCCGGAUCCACUCAGCAUGCGACACGCCCUCAGAAGAGCUUCUGGGAAGCGGAAAGUGCCCGGAUGCAGCAGAGGAUGGAGCAGAUACAGAAAGAAAUCGCCGCCGAUCCAUACACAGCGCUUUUCGGGAGAAGGUUUCAGGUGUUGGACUUCCCCAGUAACAUAGAGAAUAGGAUUAUGUCGGCGUGUCGUUCGGUUUUCGGCGUGGGCAAAGCAGACGAGAUCGACAGAACCACCCCUGUUGCGCAGGCCAAGGGUGUGCAGGACCUUGAAUAUGAUCCGAUUCGUAAUCGUAUGGUCCCUAGGAAAUCGUCCGAGCAAACCACCGUUACAGGCGGCAGAGAAUCUCCGGACACCCUUGUCAGAAACCCCACGCGGUAUGAAAACAAGAGCGGCUACCUCUCUGUUGUCGAUCGGUCGAAAGAGCAUUCAAAUGAGGGUGCAAGUGCAAGGCAAGAUUCAGAGCCGGUGAAGGAAAACCAGACAGAUCCAUCAAAUAUCAGGGGACAACCAGACACAGAAUCAGGCGGAGCUACUCUCAAUGAACCUCAUCAGCGUCAGAAUUCCGUCGAACGCCCGGUAUCAGAAGUGGAAAGUCAUGAAAACGAUAUGAAAAAGCAACUCGAUUCGGAGCGUGGGACACAAGCGGAUGUACCUGACAAUCAAAAUUGUUCCAAAUCUCCAGGAUUCAACCCAGACCAUAACAAAUCCACCGGCGCCGCAGUUCUGGAACCAGCUCAACAACAAGAAUUACGGAUGAGAGAAGAGAGGGCAGAGGAUCUGGACCUCCUGCGUGCUAGCGACAUCCGUUCGUUAUAUAAUGCAAAGAGCUUGAAUGGAGAGUCCGAGGUGCGGCGCAAGACGCGCAAGGACUUGGAUAACGCGUUUGACUCUUAUGUAGACCCCGUCAGCGAUGUCAGGGCUCAAGACGUAAGAGCGAGGUUUCAGGAACCGGAGUCCGCAUCGUCAGUGAUCGGAACAACAAGCGGACCCGCCACACUGGAAAGUACGACUCAAUUCCAUUCAGAAGACAGUUCCAAAAGCUUUGAGUUAUCUGUCCAAGAAGAGCGCACGGAUGCAUCGUUUCCUGGCAAGCAUGCUCACAAGAACACCCAUGUCACUGCCGGCAGCUCUCUGAUCGGCGACACUUACCACGUUUUAGCAUAUGAUCCUUCGACCCUCCAGAUCACACGAGCAGAGACAAACUCAUCCUUUCAUACAACGCACGAGUUCCUUCACCCUUCAGAAAUACUUCCACGACUGAAUAACCCAUCCAAGUUCUUGCCAUAUUUCGAAGAGAUGCAAACCGAUGGCUACGAAAUUGUCUCGGGCGGCGGAGAUAUACUUGUGUUUAGAAAGUCUCUCGUGGAGAAAGCGAAGAGCGAGCUUGGUGCCUAUGUGAGAGACGAACCCUUGUUCAGCGAUGAGGCUUCACGUCGAUCAAUUACUGCCGACACCGCUAGCCCUGCAUCUGGUCCUGGUCCUGAUUGCUCUGAAACCAAUGUACCUCCUCCAAAGAGCAGAAGUAGAGCUGGCAAAAUCCUACGCCGGAUGCUCAUCGGUGGGUUUGCCACGGCAGCAACGUGCUAUGCCCUCGGUGUUGUCAGCGAAUAUUUUCGAACCGGUGGACAAGAUGGACGAGGUAUUGACGGGUUUACCGAAUUUGAAUCCGAAAGGCGGCACAGGGAUCGAGGUUAG